GAUUAGAAAAAUCAUUGCACUGUAUUUUGGAAACAAAUUUUGUUGUGGCGGCGGAAAACAAGUAGAAAGCUCAUUAUCAAGUACUAAAUUAUAUACAAUGCAUUUAAUUAAACUUUUUAAAGUAUGAAAUUGUACGAAUAGCAACAAAAGCAAGUGAAAAGUAGAUGCUAGGAAGCAACUGAAUAUACCUGAAUAGAGGUGUUUGUAAAGGUGGUGCCAGGUGGACCCAACUGGAGACGUAGAUAUGCUAAGCAUAGAAUCAACCACCAUACGAAUAAAACAAACUACUGUCUGUGGCGACGGCGCAAAUGAGGCAAUCCAUACACAAACGUCGAAAAAUAUGACAAAAAAAAUUUAAUGAAAGAAAAACAGAAAAAUUUUCAGUGAAAAUUUGUUUCUAGUGGUGAACGGAUCAAAACACGCAAUACUCGUACUUACUUCUAUAUACAAAACCUACAUACAUACAUAUUUUAUUGCUGCAAAUAUAUAAUUAAAUUGCUGGAAAAAAGUAUUCUACAUAACUAUAUAAAAUUUUCCAAAGCAAAUAAAUCAACGUUGACAUUGAAACAUUUAUAAUCUGCAGUGCAGUGCAAAAUUAAUUGUGAAAUCACACGAAAGUAAAUAUAUAAAUUUAUUGUGUUGACCAGUCCAUUGACGCAAAGGCAUAACUAUGGCUGAGGUACGACGUCGAAAAGCGGAGAACGAUGCUAGCGACGAUGCUGGAGAGAAAGCAGGAGAAGGUGACAAACGUAACUCGGCAGCAGACUCAUCUGAUCAUGUCGAUUCGGAGGAGGAGAAAUUGCCGGAGGAUAAAUUCGUUGAUGAGCUGUCCAAGACGCUGCCACAAGGCACGGAUAAGACACCGGAGAUUUUAGAUUCAGCAUUAAAAGAUCUACCGGAUAGAUGGAAGAAUUAUGUUAUACGCGGCAUUUUCACUUGGAUUAUGAUAUGCGGUUUUGCGCUGAUCAUUUAUGGCGGCCCGUUGGCGCUAAUGAUAACGACUCUGCUGGUGCAAGUGAAAUGUUUCCAAGAAAUCAUCUCCAUUGGUUAUCAAGUCUAUCGCAUACAUGGUCUACCCUGGUUCCGUAGUUUGUCGUGGUAUUUCUUGUUGACAUCGAAUUACUUUUUCUACGGUGAAAAUCUGGUCGACUAUUUUGGCGUAGUUAUUAACCGUGUGGAAUAUUUGAAAUUCUUAGUGACCUAUCAUCGUUUCCUAUCGUUUGCAUUGUAUUGCAUUGGCUUCGUCUGGUUUGUGUUGUCGCUGGUGAAAAAGUAUUAUAUGAAGCAGUUCAGUCUCUUCGCCUGGACGCAUGUCUCGCUGUUGAUUGUGGUCACACAGAGUUAUUUGAUCAUACAGAAUAUCUUUGAAGGUCUCAUUUGGUUCAUUGUGCCCGUAUCGAUGAUUGUCUGCAACGAUGUAAUGGCCUACAUGUUUGGCUUCUUCUUCGGUCGCACACCGCUAAUUAAAUUAAGUCCGAAGAAGACAUGGGAGGGAUUUAUUGGUGGUGGCUUUGCUACGGUACUCUUUGGCAUCAUCUUCUCCUACAUACUCUGCAGUUAUCAAUAUUUUGUAUGCCCCAUACUCUAUUCGGAGGAAUUGGGACGCAUGACAAUGGCUUGUGAGCCGAGCUAUUUGUUUACGAAGCAAGAUUACAGUCUCGGUGUGUUUGGCAUCGGCAAAUCGAUUAGCAUGUAUCCAUUUGUAUGGCACUCGGUUGCUUUGAGUUUGUUCAGCUCGAUUAUCGGGCCGUUUGGCGGUUUCUUCGCUUCCGGCUUUAAGCGCGCAUUUAAGAUAAAGGACUUUGGUGAUAUGAUACCCGGUCAUGGCGGCAUUAUGGAUCGUUUCGAUUGUCAAUUUUUAAUGGCCACAUUUGUGAAUGUCUACAUUUCCAGUUUUAUUAGAACGCCAGCACCAUCCAAGAUAUUGACACAGAUUUAUAACUUGAAACCGGAACAGCAAUUGCAAAUUUACCAAUCACUCAAAGAGAGUCUUGCCGACUUGAUAACCAACUAGAGAUUAUUCAACAACAACAACUAUUAAAUUUAAGCGUAUACUGACAAAACAAAAA